AUGGCAGACCAAAAACCGGCGCCCAAGCCGGCCAAACCGGCCAAGCCAGUCAACCCGGCCCUGCGCAUGAUGGGCCUCCCCAGCCUGCCGCGCAAGCUGCCGUCGCGCAACUGGCUGAUCUUUUGGGGCGUCAGCUCGACCCUGGCCGCCGCCAUCGUCUACGACCGCCGCGAGAAGAGACGCGCCACGGCGCGCUGGGCGCAUGCCGUGGCGCCGCUGGCGCGCGAGCUGCUGCCGGACACGAGCGCGAUGCCGCGGCGCGUCACGGUGUACCUGGAGGCGCCGCCGGGGGACGGGCUGCGGGCGGCGCAGGAGCAUUUCAAGGAGUACAUCAAGCCGGUGCUGGCGAGCAGCGGCCUGGACUGGGAGUUUGUGGUGGGGCGGCGGCAGGGGGAUGUGCGGGCCGUCGUGGCGGAGCGGGUGCGGCGGACACGGCGGCAAGAUGUUACGACGACAACAGAAGUGCCAACAGACGCCGAUCUGCCCACCGACGACGACGUGGUGGCGACGGUGCGGGCGCGCAAUGGGAUCCCCGAGUACGCGGGCGUCAAGGGCGACAUUGUGGUUGGGCGGCACACGUGGAAGGAGUACGUGCGCGGCCUGCACGAGGGCUGGCUGGGGCCGCUGACGGCACCAGCAGCGGCGCCGGCAGCAGCGCCGGUGGGGACGGCCGAGCACACGACCACAGACGGCGCCACAGGAACAGGGGCCGAUGACUUGGAUGCCUCGCCGACAGCACCAGCACCGACCGCGGACACCCCGGACACCCCAGAAACACCCAAGCCGGACGAGAAGCCCGAGGACACCGCCCCCAAACGCCCGCCCCAGCCCGUGCCCUACAACUCCGUCGACGACUACCCCUCCAGCCCGCUGCCCCGGCUCAUCCCCGCCGAGCUCGGCCCCAGCGUCCCCAUCCCCUUCCCCCACCUCCUCGGCUUCCUCAACACCCCCAUCCGCAUCUACCGCUUCCUCCACCGCCGCCGCCUCGCCGACGACAUCGGCCGCGAGGUCGCCGCCGUCUGCUUUGCCGCCGCCACGCGCGAAUACCGCGAGGCCGUGGCCGGGGGCUUUGGCGACGCGGACGACGGCUGCGAGCAGCAGACGGCGCUCGCGCACGAGGAGAAGGACUGGGUCAAGUCGGCGUGGGCCGACAGCGCCGAGGACCUCAAGAACGACCCGGCGCUGGCGACGCGCGACACGCCGUGGCGCCGCCCCGUCGUCGUCGACCCGCGCAUCGGCCAGCGCAUGCGGCGGUUUGUGCUGUCGGCGGCCGACGAGGCGGCGGCGCGCGCCAUCACGGUGCCCGAAGAGGAAAUCGAAGGGUGGACCAAGGGCAAGCUGCGGCAGCUGGGCCGGUGGGCGGGCCGCAGGUGGCGCGGCGACGACAAGUUCCGGCCGAACGUGGCCAACCUGGACGAUGAGUAG